CACGCGACGAGAUAAUGAGAUAUGUGGCACGAUCCUUCAAUCCACACACGAACCCUUGUGUCUUGACCUCAUACACGCGUAACCCAGCCUUGCGGUUUGACCGAAGCAGGCAGUGUGGCAGAGAAGAGAAGGUGCGCAAGUGGGACCGCCAUCUCGCCUGUCUGAACGAGGCGACGACACCACCAACAGACCCAUCUGACCUCCACAGACAGCCUGCCAGCUCAUGCCGCAGCCCAUUACCAUUACGCAUCCCAGAACGACGACAGAACCGACACAAACAGAUGGAAAGACAGUAUGCGGGCAGGGCCAGAUGGAACGACAGAUAAACCAGGCACCGCUGGACGCAAAAAGACAGUCCGAUGAAGAAUGAGCAUACUCGUCGGAGGGGCCUCAGGCAGACCACCACACACCCAUACACACGAAAGGUCGAAAGGCGACCUCUCACUCAACCGCCCAUCAUGCUGUCCCGGCGGCCCUCAACGAUCAGACACGACACUAUCUCCCGCAUCCUAUCCACUCGCUUGAACGUCUCGUGCAUCGGGAACCCAUCAACCGUCAUCGCCAGCUCCUUGGUGGCGCCAUCCCGCACACCAGCCUCACAGAGGGCAGCAGCCACCUGUCGCUCGUCCGCAUCAGUGGUGAAGAGCUCAUCGAAGGAGAAGGAGCCAUCGCCAGCGAACACCAUGAGAGCGCUCGUGAGGGCGGCGAGGGCGUAUGCGCCCCAGUUGGACACACUCGCGACGAUGAGAGAAUGGCAGGACACCGCACAGGCGAUCUGCGCACCUUUGGGGAUGUGCUGGGCGGUCCUGUGGGCUACCUUGCCGAGGCCUAGCUCAUUGCCGCCGUCGCCGAUGGCAGUGGUGAGGGGGCGGAUCCCGUCCUGCGGCCCGGUCAGCGACCAGUGGAACAGGAUGUCCAGAGGCGCCACAUCUGACGUCAUAUCCAGCCCCCUCAUGGUGUAGUAGCGACCAUCAGCCGCACGCCCCGACCUCUCAACAGCCACCAGGUGGUCAAGCUCCUCCCACAAAGCCCUCAACCGCCUCACGCCGGGAAGCUGCCGACGAUCAGCGAGCUUGUGAAGGGGGACUGACGCAAUACACGAGCCGUUCUCGCAGAACUCAGCUGGAUGGAAAGACUCCACCGUCAGCCGCUUGUUUGCCAGCGCCUUGUGCAGGUAGGGAUGGGCCGCCACAGCUGCCAGGAGGGGAGCCUCGUUGAUGCCGUCGGUCAAGAGGACGACGGCCUCCUUGUGACCCCGCAGCAGACACUUGGCCACGGCGAGCGCUCCCGGCGGGCCAUCGGUUUCCGUCGGAGGGUGCGAGUCUCGGUUGCAUGGGAAGCCUGUGAGGAUCCCAACCCUCCGCACGUGUGGCUGGGACAGGAGGAACGCGCUGCGACGAAGGCCGUCAUCUGAAGAUGCAACACACGACCACAGGACAGCUGUGCGUUCCUCCAGACCUCCGGUGUACCGUGUGUGGUCAUCCGUACCUGUUUCCGGUCCCAGCAGCUGCCGAAUGCCUCUCCCUCCUUCAUCCUUCUGCGUCAGGUGCUCGAGAGAUGCCGUAGUCUGAUGGUACAGAUCUUCUGAAGGAGCGAGAGGAGCAUUCGGGGAGCGGUCCAUCCCUGGGUGCGGCAUCAAGGGAACCCAAGCUGCGAGCUUUUCAGCUUGCGAGCUCUCGAGAUCUCGCCGUCUCUGUUUCUCCGUUCUCGUUAAAUUCUGUCUUCAGCCUGCUGCGUGGGCUCGUGCAGGACCGUUCCCUGAGCUGAGUGCCUGUUUUGCACUGCCCGCACC